AUGCCGAUCAAGUCACUUGAAUCCUUUUUGUUUGAAAGGGGUUUGGUGGGAACUUAUCCUAUCGAAUCACUAAAAAAUGCGACUUUAGGGAUUGAUGUGGAUCACUACGUUUCACGGCUUCUGACGUCCAAAAGGGAACAGUACUUGGACGCAAUUGGCGGGUUUCCUACUAGCCUGAAGAUGUAUUUGGAAUCAGAUCUGCAAGUGUUCCAAGAGUACGACAUUACCCCGGUGUUCGUUUUCAGCGGAUCGCCAGUAGCCAACCAGGCCGAGGCUAGUGGCUAUUAUACGGCCUCAGCCUCCGAAGCAGCAGCAGCAGCUAUCAAUGCAAGCAAUACUGGGCCGAUGAGCUCGUCAUCGACUUCCUCGACGAGAACCGCGAAAGAGGCAAUAUUGGCCCAAAGACACAAAGGUUGGACUCAAUGGACUAAUCUUUUGUCCAACAACCAAAACACGUACAUUGAUCAACCCAUUCCCCCUACGGAGGCUUUCAGAUACAACGUGCCACUGGAUACCAAGCGUUUUCAGAGCGAUUUAAUUAGUUUCUUCAUUUCGCAAGAAAUACAUUAUCAAGUAGCUCCAUAUUCUUCGUGGUUUCAAUUGGCGUAUCUCUUGCAUACGGGCUAUAUUGAUGCUAUCUAUGGACCUACUGAGCUUUUGAUGCUAAAGUCAGUGGAGAAAUUCAUUUUAGGUAUGGAAUUUCCAAACAAGGAAUAUCGGUUCGUUGAUAAGAACCGUGUCCUAAAUGAACUCCGCUGCUCACUAGAAGAGUUCAUAGACAUCAGUAUGGCAGUGGGUAAUGACCUUCAACCUUACACUUUGUCACCGCUUCGCAUUUAUCCAAGUCAACAACUCUUUGAGAUCGCAUUAGAGAUGGUGAUCAACAGUGGUACUGAUUUUUAUGCAUAUCAAUUGAUCAACCCGAUUAAAACAGAAAGCUCUCAAUCUAUUGAGCGUUUUCAAAAAGGUAUCUCAGCUUUGAGAUUUAUGCCCGUUUUGAAAGAAAACGGCAAGGUUGAGCUUUAUUCACCCAGCGAGAGGGGCGAAGAUGCUUCGUCAAACGCAUCAAGCUCCUCGUAUUCGCCUCCCUCUUCCACGAGUUCUUUGGACGCUAUUCCGAACGACAUCCAUGACGUGGUGGCCCAGAGGCUCCCACAUGAAUACUAUUUCUAUCGGUCCAUCGGACUUAUCAGUGGAAAGCUUCUGGAUGCUAUAACCACAGGAAUUUAUGCAGAAGAGCCUCCCUUAGAUGGCGGAUCAUCAAAUUCUUAUAGACAACUGGUGAAGGACUCUGUGGAACUCUUUAAAAAUCAAGAGCUCAACUUACUCACGCAACCAAUCAAUCGUUACUACCAGAUUAAGCCUAUAAAGCAAGUCAAGUGGUUCUUACCAGACGAUUCCGUCAGCUUGACCAAUAGAGUAUCACCACCACUGUUUGAAAGAAUCAACCUUUUAGUGGUCAAAACUGAUGACGUUGAUCGUAAAUUUUCGGUUUCUGAGUUUAUUUCGGUUAUAAGUGGUACCAACGGGCUUUCGGAGACGUUUGUAACAGAUAAAGUUUUAUUCCCAAACUCUGUUCCAAGAUCUCAAAAGCUAACGACGCCCUUCGACUUACUGGCAACAAACUUUUUGAGAUUUUUGACGCUCUUGGGGUUCUUCGAGUUUGACACAACCAAAAAAAGCUUGAAACCGAUUUCGUGGGGUAAAAUCCUGUUAUCAAUGACUCAAGACACUUUGGAUGAGCAGUUUGCGGAGGCCGCAUUUGUACUGCUCGUGUUUUUUAAAACUGGGGUGCUAUCCCUUUUUGAAGAGACCGUCCCUGCAACGCCAUCAGCACUGUCCAAAGCGACUAUCAGGUCUUACCCAAAAGAAUCUUCGUUUAUCCUGGCAAUUACAAGGGUAUUGAGUGUCUUCAGACUGGAGCAAAAACCCUCAAACUACCAUGGGCCCAUUGAUAGAAAGACAUUGAUCUUCAGAAACCAUGUGGAUUUCAUAAAGGAAAAUCUAAACGAUCUCUAUGAAACUACGGUGGUCUCGAGCUUAGCGGCUGGAGAGUUCGACAGACUUUCAGUGGACAACUUUGGGUGGCAACGACAAAUUGUGGGUGCUAUGCCAUUCAAGCUCUCCACUCCCAGUACGGUGAUGGCCAUGAUUUGGGAGUUCUACUUGCAGAAAUAUUUACACAGUGGGAAUUCCAAGACUGAUGCUUUGGCUUUGGUGAUGACAAUGUUCAACACUAACAAAGCCGUUCCUAAUUUGCAGGAAGAACUGCGGAGAUCCGUAACAUUCAUGACUCAGUUUGCGCAAGUGUUAAGUAAGAUGUCUGAAUUUGGUCUUUGUAAGAAGCAAGACUACGAACUCUUCGUUGAGGCAGUAGAGUUUGCCAAGCAAGCGCUAUAA